ACUUUUCUUCCGUGUUUCUUGGAUCAUAUUGUACCCGCUGAUCCAAAUCACAGACAUAUUUCUUGUCCGUCACUUCGCAAGUUGUACCUCCAGUUCUCGAAAAAUAGAGAAACAGACACGUCGAAACUGUCAGCAAGCACAAAACGGGCGCACGAAAUUCGCUCUGCUCCUCACCUACCUCGAAAUAAGCUCUAGCGUGUCACUGUCGCAGCUGUCGUACUCUUUCCAUCUAUAGUCUGUUUUGUCCUGCCAGAACCACCUGCGAACAAGUUUCGGUGAGUCACGUCAGGGAGGGCGCCAGAAACCCGACGAAUUGAACGCGUGAGAGCGAAUUUUUAGGGACAGAACAAAAGGCCCAAUUCUGACAACAACGACCGAACCGAAACGCUCGCGCGCUUGGUAACAUCGCACAGGCACACACCACUAACACCGAUCGGGCAGCGAGCGAGUGCGACACGUACCGAGGUAGAGGCUCUGUUUGGCAACUCAGAUUACCACUCAUAGUCAAAAAGAAUAACUAAAAUUUGGCCAAAAUGAUUUCUGAAAUAUGACAAGCGUAUUUGGCCCAACCCCAAAAAUUUGUCUUACCAACAAAAUCAUGGUAGACUCGUAAGCGCGAACGGAGCCCACGCACCCCAGAGGGUUACGAGCGCUUCUCCCAAAGAGCAGGGACGACGCCGCCGCCGUGUGCUCAACUCACUCUUCACGCAUUCUCGGAGACAAACACUCUCCUGCCCAUCUGAAAAACCGUCCGCCUACACGCCACUCAGGAAGACUCAAGCACGUAUGUCGCGACCCAUUGGGCGAACAGCCAUAAUGCCGCGGCGCCAUGCAAAGAGAAAGAUACACCACAACAUGCAAACAGAAAAUCAGAGACCUAAGCACGUCCUCUCCCCUCUUGAUGUCACACGCAUCAUUUGUACCACCCAUCAAUCAUUUACGUGGAAAAAUUUUUUUCGUGAAUGUUGCUCCUUUCGCAGCUGUGCAUCAUGGCGCCAAUAGGCGAUCGUUCUCAAAAUCACCCUCCUCUCUGCACUUGAACGCCACCCGGCCAAAAAUAAUUCGGGCAACACUUGCGCUAAAAAGAAAAAAACUAGGGAUCAGAAUACUUCUCACGCGGGAAUUACAAAACGAUAGAAAUUAGGAAAAAACGCACAAACAUCAACUUUCGCUUUCUGUUUCUCUUUAUGUGUAAUUCUUGCUCUUAAGGCAAGUUCAAAUCAAACUACAGUCUUUUAGAUUGCUUGCAUACCAGAAGGCAAACCAUGGCGUCUGACCUAACUCUCCAAGAUUUUUUUGAGAAUGUAUACACGAGGUCACUGCCUAAGACGCCUUUAUUUGGUCAAAGUAUCGAAAAACAUAUGGAAGAACAAAAGAAAUACAUCAACUUCCUGGAUGAGCCUUGGGUAGUCAAAAAGACUUGCGAUUUCAUAAGACAGUAUGGGUUAGAAACUGAGGGAAUCUUCAGAGUCCCUGGAUCUCAAAAAUAUGUAAAGGAACUUGUAGCGCUAUUUGAUGCAGGCCAGAAUGUGAAUUUUGACAGCUACACGCAGGUCGAGGAUGUCGCUGAUCUACUCAAGAGGUAUCUUCGAUCCAUUCCAGAGCCGUUGUUUUCUGACGGAACUGAUCGGGAUUUGCUACAGGCAGAACUCAAGGCGAUUUUCGCUGACGAAGACGCCAAGGACAUCCCAACGAAAAUUCGGAGCGUGGUCAUGCGACUUCCCCCGUACCGAAAGACAUUGCUGAUUGACCUGUUCGACAUGCUUCAACACAUUAAUGCUAAUUCCAAAAAGAACAAAAUGACAUCAGAAAAUUUAGCGACGAUUUUGGGGAACAUGUCAGAGUUUUUGAGCACGGCCCUAACGCCCAGGGAGCGAAUGAUGCUGGUGUUCACGUUGGUGGAAAACUAUCAGGAGGUGUUCGGAAACAUGCAUCUGUCUCGCGUGUGUGAAUUCGAGACGUCAAUCGACCCAUCAGAAAAAAAAGCUGUCAAAAUCUACUUCUACGACGGUACAUUCAGGAGCGUGUUCAUGUUCGGUAACGAGACGGCCGCUGACCUGAAAAAGAAGGCGCAGAUAAAGGUGAGACAGACGACGGACUUGGAUACGUCCGGAUAUCAGCUGUACGAGAUCUGGAAUUGGCUGCAACGCGAAUUAGAAGAUGACGAAAACAUUCUGAAUAUGUACGGAAGCGACAACGCGCUUCUGUUUGUGAACCGUUCAGAGUAUAGGAAGAAGCCGACGAUAAACAGGCAGCUCAGCGAUGAGCUGCUCAAGCGCUCCUUGUCAAUGCCGAGUGAAGGAUACAUGAGUGUGUCGGUAGGCACAGCGUCGAAGGGCACCCAAAAACUGUCUAAAGCCACUUCUUUGAAGAAGAAGCGUAGGCAGUACAAAACUGCGCCGGUGAACCAGUCCUCGAAGUCGGACGCCGAAAGGCGGGCUAGGAAGGAUUCGAUGUCAGAGCUGAACGACUCUCUGAACAAAGAAAGUAGUGAAGAGCCAGUUGCCGACAUUGACAAUCAGCAGCUCUCGGCUGAUAGCUCAACCGUACAAUUUUUCGGCUGUUCGAUAUACAGCGAUUGUAGGCUGGAAGACGGGUUCUACGACAUUUCCCUGGGAGACUCCGAUAAGAGAGAGUUCAACACUGAACAGGGUAUACUUGAGAUAGAUCCUGUGCACCUGUCGAAGGAAAUCAUAGUGGUUGACGCCAACAGGGAUCCUGUGCUGCGGAAGUGUCUGAACAUCGCAAGAGAACUGGACAGUCUCUGCAGUUCGGGCAUUGCCAGAAUCGAGUGCCUCGCGAUUUACGUCAGCAAGCUGAUGGGCGGAGGCUUUGUUCAGAGCGAACUGCGUAACAGAUACGUCCCGAUCCCCAUGCGCCGCAACAUAGUCACCAAGGAGCAAACUAAACAGAACAGCAAGGAGCGCCGAGUAAAUAUUCUCAAAAUUGGGGAGGCAAUUUACGGUGACAGCCGUCACCGCGCGAUUCUGUUCAAGUACAUCGCAGAUCGAUUGGAACCACCCAUCGCGAGUUGCCUAAUGAGGAGUUGGAUGGGAGGCUCCAACGAGUUUUACUGGAACAUCGUGACCAAAGCGAAUUGGGACUUACCGCGUUCCGUUUACGUCGACCUGACAGGAAGUUUGACAGGUUCUGGGAGAAAAUUUUGCGACUUGGAAGAACCCUUUGUCAAACUUUUGAUUAGCACGCUGAAUGGACCCUGGGACGCGAACCUGGUGGGCAGCGUCCGAGGCGCGAAACAAGAAAAGCUGGAAGACAAGACUUAUUCUGACCUGAUCGACGGCUUGGAACCCGCUCCAAUUGUGAUCACCGCGGCGAAUGACGGCGCUGAGGCAAACACUUCCUCGACUGUUUUUCCCGACUCUGUUGUAGUCUUCAGAGAAAUGAUCUUCCACAACGACACUCACCAAAUCUACAGGGCUGGUUGGAACGGCAUGACAGUUGUGGUCAAAAAAACUCUAACGCCAAACGGGCUCGGCGACGCCCAGCAAAAGUACUUGGUCAAGACUCUUUCCGCCAAAAAGGAAUUGCGCCACGAGAACGUCAUACCGACCAUCGAAUAUGGCAUCAGAAAAGAAGAGGGCUACUUUUUCGUCAUCCUCGAAUACAUGGCGCAAUAUUCACUCGGAGACUGGGUGAAGGCUCGAUAUUAUCAGCAGCUGCCGCUUCUCAAUCCGUUCUGCAUUCUGUUCUACAUUCACCAUAUCGCAAAGGGACUCGAAUACCUCCAUCAGAAAAACUACUACCACGGCAACCUGACGACCUUGAACGUUUUAUUGGACGGCGACAGAGAACCCUAUGCGUUUGUCAAACUGAUCAAUUCGGAGCUGUUUCUUAGCGAGGACUGGGAUCCUGCGAACAUCGAAGACGACAUGCUGUUUUUGCUGGGAGUCGACCAGAAAGAUCUCGCUAACUCUCCACGGGAAGCGUACAUUCCAAUAUAUCAGAAGGCCGACAUAUGGCUUCUAGGAAUCGUGUGUCUGGAAUUGAUCACCAAAUCCAUGCCUGAGUACUCCAUCCCAGAACUGUGCACCUCAAUCCAAAUGCCAGGACUUCUGGAAAGUAUGGUGCUACCGACUCAUUACGCGCUUCUGAGCCUCAUCAGGAUGUGCUGCGCGGCCGCUCCGGAUCAGCGCCCCACCUCUUCGGAGCUCGUAGCUCUGACCCGAAAAUUGAUGGAGAAGGAGAACGACGCGGACAGCUGGAUGAGCUUACCUCCCACGGAACGCACGACAGCCUAUUCUCCUCCUCUUCAACGGAAGAGCGCAUAAAAAGGAAGAGAAACUCGGAGAGUGCUGAUCAGCGGCUGCCGUCCGUGAAUUGUCCUUUUUUGAGUUCGCGUUACAAAAACAACUCUCUGGUUUGCUUGGUUUUGUAUUACUAGCAAAGGUGCCUUUUCUUCUCCGUUCUGGCUCGCCCGCGCCACUCCGAGGGAGAGGGGGAGACCGGAGACUGCGCCGCGCUUGCGUGUGUACCAAACGAAUAAACUGACUUUUUGUGUGUGGAAGCCGUAUUCGCAGCGAGAGUGCACGACGCAACGGCGUAGCGGACGUCUCCUCGCUCUCCAAAUAUGCAAAAACGCUCGCGGGAGCGUCGACCUCUACUGACCGCGCCGUCACGCCAAA